AGUAAAGCAGAGCAGAUGAAUAGCUGUUGUAAGAAGCUCUGAGGCGGAGGGAGCUUUGAAUCCCAUUCACUGACACUGUUAAGGCGAGGUCACACACGCACCGAGUUUGCGGGGGAACAGGAAGAAAAGCGCCAUAUCUGGAUAUAAUUCUGCAUUCUCUCUCUCUCUCUUUCUCUCUCUCUCUCUCUGUCUCUGUGUCUUUUUUCCUUCGAACGGAACACAUGUUGGAUCUAUGUUAACGCGCGGAAUCGUACAGCUCCAUAAGAAGGAAUGCAUCUUUUCCUCGUUAAACUGAUUGGUGUGAUUUCGCUGAUUGCUCUGACACAUGGUCUGAAAUGUUCUGAGAAAUGCCAAAACGGAGGUACGUGCGUGGCUACUGCAGAUGGAAGAGGAGAAUGCAAGUGUCCUGACAAAUAUUUGGGCCCGGCUUGUCAGUUAUCCAACCCUUGCCUGCCGAAUCCUUGCUUGAAUGGAGGCAUUUGCCAGCCAAAUAUCCGUGACAACAAAGUGGACUACGUCUGCCGUUGUCCAUUGGGUUACAUGGACCCACGAUGCCUCACUCCCACUGACAACCCAUGCAGAAGCUCCCCAUGUGGAAAUGGAGGGACGUGUGAGCUGACCAGUGUCCACACUUUCAAGUGCAAAUGUCCUCCAGGCUGGUCUGGUAAAAACUGCCAGCAGGCUGACCCUUGUGCCUCAAACCCUUGUGCCAAUGGAGGCCAGUGCAGCCCAUUUGAUUCUCAUUACAUCUGCACCUGCACAUCCUUCUUCUCAGGCGAGACUUGCAAACAAGAUGUUAAUGAGUGUGCUAAUAUCCCAUCUCCCUGCAAGAACGGCGGUCUGUGCGUGAACGAAGUGGGCACCUAUCGCUGCAACUGCCCAGCCGAGUACACGGGGAAACACUGUGAGACUCUGUACCAACCCUGCAACCCAUCACCAUGCCAUCAUGGAGGGACCUGCGUCCAGAUCGGAGACACAAACUACGAGUGUUCCUGUCUGCCAGGUUUCAGCGGUCAAAAUUGUGAGGAGAACAUUGAUGACUGUCCAGACCAUCGUUGCCUUAAUGGAGGAACCUGUGUAGACGGGGUGAACACUUAUAACUGCCAAUGCAAACCGGAAUGGACAGGUCAGUUCUGUACCGAAGAUGUGAACGAGUGUGACCUGAUGCCCAACUCCUGUCAGAAUGGUGGCACUUGCCUCAACACUCAGGGUGGAUACAACUGCGUGUGUGUGAAUGGCUGGUCAGGUGAUGACUGCAGCAAGAAUAUUGACGAUUGUGUUGAUGCUGCCUGCCACCCAGGAUCAACUUGUCAUGAUCGCGUAGCGUCCUUUUUUUGUGAAUGCCCACCUGGACGCACAGGUUUGCUGUGUCACUUGGAUGAUGCUUGUAUUAGUAACCCAUGUCAGAAAGGCUCGAACUGUGACACCAACCCAGUCAAUGGCAAGGCUAUCUGUACCUGUCCUACAGGCUACUUUGGCUUAGCCUGUGAUCAGGAUGUCGAUGAAUGCUCUUUGGGUUCAAACCCAUGUGAGCAUGCUGGGAAAUGUCUGAACACCAAAGGCUCUUUCCAGUGUAAGUGUCUUCAGGGCUAUGUGGGGGCUCGCUGCGAACUCGACGUCAACGAGUGCAUGUCCAGUCCAUGCCAGAAUGAUGCUACCUGCCUGGACCAAAUCGGAGGCUUCCAUUGCAUCUGCAUGGCAGGAUACGAGGGAGUCUUUUGCGAGAUCAAUACAGAUGAGUGUGCUAGCAUGCCCUGUCUCAACAAUGGGAAGUGCAUCGACAAGAUCAACAACUACCAGUGCGAGUGCCCCAAAGGAUAUUCUGGGAACCAGUGCCAGGUUGACAUCGAUGAGUGUGCCAGCACGCCCUGCAAAAAUGGCGCCAAGUGUAUUGAUGGGCCCAAUAUGUACACCUGCCAAUGCACUGAGGGUUACACAGGACAGCACUGUGAGGCUGAUAUCGAUGAGUGUCUGUCAAAUCCGUGUCACUACGGCACCUGUAAGGACGGCCUGGCCAGCUUCACCUGCCAGUGCCACCUUGGCUACUCCGGUCGACUGUGUGAAGCCAACAUCAACGAGUGUCUGAGCCAGCCAUGCCAGAACGGAGGCACCUGUCAGGACCGGGCAAAUUCUUACCUGUGUGUUUGUCCUAGCGGAACCUCAGGUGUUAACUGUGAGGUCAAUCUGGACGACUGUAAGAGCAACCCAUGUGACUAUGGCAAGUGCAUCGACAAGAUCAAUGGAUACGAGUGUGCCUGCGAGCCGGGAUACACAGGAAAAAUGUGUAACAUCAAUAUCGAUGAGUGUGCCAUCAACCCCUGUCACAAUGGAGGAACGUGUAUCGAUGGAGUCAACGGCUUCACCUGUCAGUGCCUUGAUGGGUAUCAUGACCCCACAUGUCAGUCUCAACUCAACGAGUGUCUCAGUAACCCUUGCAUUCAUGGACACUGUGAAGACAGAGUCAAUGGUUACAAAUGUAUUUGCGAUUCGGGUUGGAGUGGCACCAACUGCGACAUCAACAACAAUGAGUGUGAGUCCAACCCCUGCAUGAACGGUGGCACCUGUAAGGACAUGACCAGUGGUUAUGUGUGCACCUGCCAAGCUGGCUUCAGUGGUCCUAACUGUCAGACGAACAUUAACGAGUGUGCUUCAAACCCAUGCUUAAACCAGGGGACUUGCAUUGACGAUGUGGCUGGCUACAAAUGCAUCUGUGUGCUGCCUUACACUGGUGAGAAAUGUGAAACUUUAUUAGACCCUUGCAGUCCUGAACCAUGUAAGAAUGGUGGGGUGUGUAAGGAGUCAGAAGAUUAUGAGAGAUUUUCGUGCAUGUGCCCUGAAGGCUGGCAAGGUCAGACCUGUGAGAUUGAUAUCAACGAGUGUGUGAAAAACCCAUGUCUCAAUGGCGCCAUCUGCCAGAACUCCAUUGGCAGCUACAAGUGCAACUGCAAGUCGGGCUACACUGGCCGCAACUGUGAGACCGACAUUGAUGACUGCAAGCCCAACCCGUGCAGUAAUGGUGGGUUCUGCAAGGAUGGCAUAGAUGCAUUUACAUGCACUUGCAUCCUGGGAUUCCGUGGUCCCAAAUGUGAGGAGGAUAUCAAUGAGUGCGAGAGCAAUCCGUGCAAGAAUGGAGCCAACUGCACAGACUGCGUGAACAGCUACACCUGCACGUGCCUGCCCGGUUUCAGCGGCAUUCAUUGCGAGACCAACACACAAGACUGCACUGAGAGUUCUUGCUUUAAUGGCGGCACCUGCGUGGAUGGCAUCAAUACAUUCAGCUGUUUGUGUUUGGCUGGCUUCACGGGCAACUACUGCCAGCAUGACAUCAAUGAAUGCGAUUCAAAACCAUGCAUGAAUGGCGGCACAUGCCAGGACAGCUAUGGCACGUACAAGUGCACCUGCCCUCAUGGCUACCAUGGUUUCAACUGCCAGGAUCUGGUGAACUGGUGUAAGCCAUCUCCUUGUAAGAACGGGGGUACCUGCAGACAGAGUGGCACCACUUACACCUGCCAGUGCCAGACAGGCUGGACUGGUCUCUAUUGUGACGUCCCCAGUGUCUCCUGCGAGGUGGCAGCCAAACAGCGAGGAGUGGAUGUUGCCAGAUUGUGCCGUAACUCUGGCCAGUGUCUGGAUGCUGGAAACACACACUACUGCCAGUGCCAGGCAGGAUACACUGGCAGCUACUGUGAGGAGCAGGUGGACGAGUGCAUCCCCAACCCUUGCCAGAAUGGAGCUACAUGCACUGAUUACUUGGGAGGAUAUUCUUGUGAGUGUUUGCCAGGUUAUCAUGGAGUAAACUGCUCCAGUGAGAUCAAUGAGUGCCUUUCUCAGCCCUGCCAGAACGGGGGUAUCUGCAUCGACCUCGUCAAUGCCUACAAAUGCUCCUGUCCCAGAGGAACCCAAGGUGUUCACUGCGAAAUCAACAUCGAUGACUGCACUCCUUUUACUGACCCUGUGACCCAGGAGCCCAAGUGCUUUAACAAGGGACGCUGUGUGGACCGUGUUGGCGGGUACCACUGCGAGUGUUCGCCUGGCUACGUGGGAGAGCGCUGUGAAGGAGACGUCAACGAGUGCUUGUCUAACCCCUGUGACCCACGCGGCACCCACAGCUGCAUCCAGCUCACCAACAAUUACCGCUGCGAGUGCCGCACUGGUUACACAGGUCAACGCUGUGACACUGUGUUUGAUGGCUGUAAGGGGAAACCGUGCCGAAAUGGAGGGACCUGUGCUGUAGCUAGUAACACUCCCCAUGGCUUCAUUUGUAAAUGUCCUCCAGGCUUCACUGGCUCAACCUGCGAGUAUGAUGCUUAUUCAUGUGGCAGCCUACACUGUCGUAAUGGUGGCACCUGCAUCUCAGGCCAGAAGGCCCCAGUGUGUCUGUGCCCACCAGGCUUUAGUGGCCCUGAGUGCCAGCAUGUAUCCGAUGGGCACUGUGCUUCCAAGCCCUGCUACAACGGAGGCACGUGCAAAAUCACCCCAGAGGCACCCUACUUCCACUGUGUGUGCCCAACAACGUUCAAUGGCUUGUUGUGCCACAUUCUGGACUACAAUUUCUCUGGCGGCAUCGGCCGAGACAUCACUCCACCGCCUGAAGUGGUGGCCAGCUGCCCGGUAGCUGAGUGUGCGGGUAAAAAAAGCAACAGGGUUUGCGACAGUGCCUGCAACAGCUAUGAGUGCGAGUGGGAUGGUGGUGACUGCUCGCUCAACUUCCAUGAUCCGUGGAAGAACUGCUCGGCUGCACUGCAGUGCUGGCGCUAUUUCAACAACGGUCACUGUGACAAACAGUGUCACAAUGCUGGCUGCCUCUUUGAUGGUUUCGACUGCCAGACAAGCAGUGGCGAGUGCAACCCACUGUAUGAUCAGUAUUGUAAGGACCACUACGCGGAUGGUCACUGUGAUCAAGGCUGCAACAAUGCAGAAUGUGACUGGGACGGCCUGGACUGUGCAGAGAAUGUGCCUGAGAAGCGUGCAGAAGGCCAUCUGGUUCUGGUGGUGCAGUUGCCACCUGAGCAGCUGCGCAACAACUCGUCAACUUUCUUACGUGAACUGAGCCGAGUGCUGCACACCAACGUGGUGUUCAGGCUGGACGUGCGUGGCGAGCUCAUGAUUUACCCAUACUACGGCAGUACGCAUGAGCUCAAGAAGCACAACAUCAAGCGCUCACUGGACUCAUGGUCCGUCUUUGGCUCAGGCCACCAUGACCAAGACCACACGCAGGUCAAAAGCUCGGUGGUGUAUCUGGAGAUUGAUAACCGACAGUGCUACCAGCAGUCGACUGAGUGCUUCCAGAGUGCUACUGAUGUUGCUGCCUUCUUGGGAGCCCUUGCCUCCAGUGGCAACUUGAACCUGCCCUACAUUAAGGCCGUCAGAACUGAGAGUGAAGACCAGCCAUCCUCAGAGCUCUACCCAGUGUACGUGGUGCUGGCUGGCCUGGCACUGCUGGCCUUCGUGGUCGUGGGCAUGGUAGCUUCCCGGAAGCGGAGACGAGAGCACGGCCAGCUCUGGUUCCCUGAGGGCUUCAAAACCAGUGAGCCUAGCAAGAAGAAGCGGAGAGAGCCCGUCGGCGAGGACUCCGUCGGCUUGAAGCCACUGAAGAACUCCGAUAUUUCAUUAAUGGAUGACAAUCAGAAUGAAUGGGGAGAGGAAGAGCCAGCAGACACCAAGCGCUUUAGGUUUGAGGAGCCAGCGAUAUUGAAUCUGGAUGACCAGCAGGACCAUCGGCAGUGGACUCAGCAGCACCUGGACGCAGCUGACCUGCGGAUCCCCUCCAUAGCCCCCACACCUCCUCAAGGCGAGAACGAGAACGACUGCAUGGACGUCAAUGUCCGAGGACCAGAUGGAUUCACUCCUCUAAUGAUCGCCUCCUGUAGCGGAGGAGGCCUGGAAACCGGCAACAGCGAGGAAGAGGAGGACGCCUCUGCCAAUGUCAUAAAUGACUUCAUCUACCAGGGCGCUAACUUGCACAAUCAGACGGACCGCACAGGUGAGACCGCCCUGCACCUGGCUGCUCGCUAUGCCCGCUCUGAUGCCGCUAAGAGGCUGCUGGAGGCCAGCGCAGAUGCCAACAUCCAAGACAACAUGGGCCGAACUCCACUGCAUGCUGCUGUGGCUUCAGAUGCACAAGGGGUCUUCCAGAUUUUGAUACGGAACCGUGCAACGGAUCUCGAUGCCCGCAUGCAUGAUGGCACUACUCCUCUGAUCCUAGCAGCCAGAUUGGCCGUGGAAGGCAUGGUGGAGGAACUAAUCAACUGCCACGCUGAUGUCAAUGCCAUCGAUGACUUUGGAAAAUCUGCACUGCACUGGGCUGCUGCUGUGAACAAUGUGGACGCAGCUGUGGUACUGCUUAAGAAUGGAGCCAAUAAAGACAUGCAGAACAACAAGGAAGAAACACCUCUGUUUCUGGCAGCCAGGGAAGGCAGCUACGAGACCGCCAAAGUGCUGCUGGACCAUUUCGCCAACCGUGAGAUCACCGACCACAUGGAUCGGCUGCCACGUGACAUUGCUCAGGAACGCAUGCACCAUGACAUUGUGCGCCUCAUGGAUGAGUACAACCUGGUGCGCAGCCCGCCUAUGCCCAGUGCUCCCAUGAGCUCCACACUCUCACCACCUCUGUGCUCACCCAAUGCCUACCUGAGUGGCAUGAAGCCCUCUAUCCAGAGCAAGAAAGCCAGGAAGCCAGGUGCCAAGGGCAUCGCUUGCAAGGAUGCUAAAGACCUGAAGGCCAAGAAAAAGAAGCCUCAGGAUGGUAAAGGGAGCUUGUUAGACAGCUCAGCUGUGCUUUCACCUGUCGAUUCCCUCGAGUCACCUCACGGCUACAUUUCAGAUGUUGCCUCACCGCCUCUGAUGCCCUCACCCUUCCAGCAGUCGCCCUCUGUGCCACUAAACCACCUGCAGGCUGUUCCCGAUGGUCAUGUGGGAGUUAACCACCUGAGCAUGGCUGGUAAGCAGGAGCUGGCACGCUUGCAGUUUGAUCCCUUGCCUCCGCGUCUCACACACUUGCCUGUGGGUGGAUCAAAUGGAUCAGGAGCCAUGAAUGGUCAGUGCGAUUGGCAGAACAGGAUGCACGCUGGCCUGAGUCAGCAGGGUCAGUUUGGAGCCAUGAGGAACAUCCCAGGCCAAGCUGGCAUGUGCCAUCCUAACCAGCACUCCAUGAUGACAUCACUCCACAGCGCCGUUCCUGCCAGCGCGCUGCCACAAAUGAUGAACUACCAGGGCUUGACUAAUGCCCACCUCGCCGCACAGCCACACAUCCUACAGCCGCAGCAAAUGCAACCCAGCCUACAGCAGCAGCAGCAACCCAGCAUCCAGUUGCAGCACCAGAACUCAAACCCAAAUCAGAACCUGAGCAGUAGCCAAAACUUCAUCAGCAAUGAGCAGCAGCAAAGCACAGGGAGCAGUGUCCCCAUCCACACAAUCCUCCCUCAGGAGACGCAGCUCCUCAGUGCUCAGACACUGGCUCCCGGCAUGGCCAGCACACAAUUCCUAACGCCCCCAUCACAGCACAGCUAUUCAGGUGGCAUGGACACCAACACACCCAGCCACCAGCUACAGGUGCCCGAUCAUCCUUUUCUCACACCAUCGCCAGGUUCGCCUGACCAGUGGUCCAGCUCUUCUCCCCACUCCAACAUGUCCGACUGGUCUGAGGGUAUCUCCAGCCCACCCACAAGCAUGCACUCCCAAAUCUCACACAUUCCAGAGCAGUUUAAGUGAACCAGUUACAUCUGGGGGAUGAAGGACUGUUUUUUUUGUUGUUGUUGUUGUUGUUUUUUUUUUGUUAGAGUACUCUUUGGAAAAUAUAAAAGAAGCAGUAAUCCAAUUUAAAUGAAACAUCUUUUCUAUGUCUUUCGUACUAACCACAUUUUUUGUUUUCCUUUUUUUUAUUUAUUAAUGUAUUGUUAUUUAUACUUUUUCUCACCUGCCUGAUGAGUUGAAAUACAUAAAUUAGGUCACUCCCAAAUGAGGAGUCUGAUGAGUAAAAUAAGUACCUUUUUUUAAAAUUUUUUUUAAUGUUUUGUUUUUGGAAUAUUUUGUGUUUUCACUAAAAAAAAUACACUGGGUAUUUAUUUGCCUUUAUUUUUUGUAGUCAAACUGCCUUCACUUUUAUUUUGUAUUUUUUUUUUUUUUUUACAUGAUUGUAUAAUUUUGUAAAUCACAUGUGUAAGGGCAUUUUAUGGAGCACAUUUUUUAAAAUGAAGUUCUCAGUAUUACAGCAGAUAAGUAAAUUUUAUUUUUAUUUUAACAGUCACAGGAGCUGCUUAUGUCACCAGAACAAGAAAAAGAACAGUGAGGUUUUUCAUGCCUGUAUAUUUUUUGCCUUUACAGCCAAUAGGGAUUGACCACUCAAAUCUUUCGUGUAUAACAGGUCCUAAUCAGUUUCUGAAAUCAGCCGUCUGAGUUGUUCUUGGUCAUGUUGUCAAAAUUUCUCCUCAAAUAAGUGUACUGUGUAUGUUCAAGUAGUAGAUGCUUAUUACUUCAGCACAUUUGUACAGUUGAUUUCUGAGAGUUCUUUAUUUUCCUUAAAAAUUACCUGCGAAACGCAGAGUUGUAAAACUUCCACUAUAAGGGUGGGUGUGAAAGUGAGGAUUUGGACUCCUUUAUUAGGUGUUGAUGUGAUGUAAUACAGUUUGCAGUUUAAAGUACUCUGUAUUUUCCCCUCCCUUUCAAUUUUACUGAACUGGUCAAAUGGCCAAAAAUGUAUGGGGUUGUGUGGACAGGCCUGUGUGCCUGUCCUUACUUCCUCUGUGAUAUGUAAUGUUGGAGCCUAUGGCUACUGUAAAUAGACCUAGUGGACAUGGUUCGUGUGAACAGGAUUUUGUUUCAGAAAUCUUAAGUCUUAUAUGUGUCACUGAAAUUUGAAACUUUGGAUCAAUAGCUCUUUGUUUUCUCUCAUAGAAAAAGACCAUAUAUUUUGCUCAGUAUCACUGAGUUAGAGGUGAUAUAAGAGAUGUAUACAGAUGAUUAGAUUCUAUUUUACACCCCACAUAUAGAUAAUGAACAAUUAGAAACGUAAAAAUGAUGUUCUAUCUAUUGACCAUUAGUUACAAAAUUGAUAACGUUUGGUUUUGUUGGAAAAGGAGUAAGCUGAUAUGUUGGUAUGAUAUAUAUAUAUACACACACACACAUUCUGAGCCCUCAAAUAAGAUUAUAAGUCAACAGCAUUGAAUAUGUAAUAUUUGUAAAAACAAAAAAAUUGCCUAACUCAUAGUUUACAUAAAGUAUAUUUUCUGUUCAUUCUACCGUCAAUCUGUAAAUGUUCUUCUUGAAAUAAUAAAAAGAUACACAUUUGUAUCGGA